ACGAACAAUCAGCUGUUUCUGUCGCAAAAUAGCCGCAGCAUACGCACAAUCAGCUGUUUUUUUGCCGACAAUAUUAUUGUGUUUUUGUUUUAACUCAAAAUUAUUGUUUUAUAACUAAGAAGAGGAUGAUCCGCAACGUGGUGGUGGGCGUAUCGGGGGGCGUGGACAGCGCCGUUUCCGCCCACCUGUUGCGGGAACGAGGAUUCAAUGUUUUGGGCAUCUUCAUGCGCAACUGGGAUGAAAUGGACGAAGUGGGUCGCUGCACCGGCGAAGCGGAUCUCAAGGACGCAGAGUGGGCGUGUCGGCGACUGGGCGUGGAACUGCGCACCGUGAACUAUGUGCGCGAAUACUGGACGGCCGUGUUUAGCCAAUUCCUGGAUGAUUACCAACAGGGAUUGACCCCAAAUCCGGAUAUCCUGUGCAAUCGUCACAUCAAAUUCGACCUAUUCCACAAGCACGCCCUGGAGAAUCUGGGCUACGAUGCCGUCGCCACCGGACACUAUGCCUGCAAUAGUCUGGGUAACUUUCUAGAGGAGGCUAACCCCGAAAUGGAAGCCCGUCUCCUAAUACCCACCGACACAUUCAAGGAUCAGACCUUUUUCCUGGCCGGAAUUCCCCGGCAUUCCCUGCAACGCACCAUGUUUCCCUUGGGAGACUUGCGGAAGAGUCAGGUCAAGCAACUGGCCACCGAAAUCGGACUCCAACGACUGGCCAACAAGAAGGAGAGCACGGGCAUCUGUUUUGUGGGCAAGCGCAACUUCAAGGAGUUUAUCAGAGAGUACAUCACCUCCAAAAGGGGUCCCUUCGUGGACAUCGACAGCGCAGCGGUGGUUGGCCACCACGAGGGCAUCCACCAGUGGACCGUGGGUCAACGCUGUCGCCUGAGCUCCUACCUGCAGCCCUAUUUUGUGGCCAAAAAGGGGGCACCGGCCAGCAGCAGCAGCAACACCAUCUACGUGGCAGCUGGUCACGAUCAUCCCGCCCUGCUCAGCACUCGGAUUCACAUCGAUCCGCCCAACUGGCUUUGUGCGGAGUCCCAAAGGAGACUUGCGGCAAUGGGCACUCUAAGGUGUCGCUUUCGUUUCCAGCACAAACCAUUGGUGGGCUGCCAACUGAGGACAUGCCCAGAACAGAACUUCCAAGUCGAAUUGGAUGCUCCCUUGAGAGCCAUUACGCCCGGACAAUACGCUGUGUUCUACGAUGACACGGCAUGUUUGGGCUCCGCACGCAUCCUCAGUGCGGAUCCUUUAAAGAAAAGCAUAGCGUCGAAGCAAACGCAUGUGAGAAGUUCAGUCAGUUGAUGGUCCUUCGGGGAAAUAAAGAUUUCAAAAGCCAACAAAUUAAACUGAUCAUCUUUAUACUUUAUAAAUAAUCUUUAGAAACCCAGUCUAU